AUGCAAAAGGCAAUGAAAAGCGCAGAAUAUAUAAAAGCUAAUAAUGACUGGUUAGACGCCCAAGCCAACGCUAAAGCAGCCCAACUUAUAGGGUCAAUAAGGACAAAAAUACAAGCGGAUGAAGACAGUUCAAAUGAAGCUUUAAUGAAUGCUGACUUUAAGAACGCCUUCGAAGCUCUUCAUAGUAAGGUGAAACUAGUGAACGACUUCUCAUCUGGAAAGAAACUGAAGUCUGAAGGUUUCGACAAAGAGUUAAGAGAAGUAGCACAAAAUAUGACGAAAAUAACAGAUGCAGCAACGAGACAGGCAGUUCAAAGUGCCUAUGACGCCGUUAGAGCAACUGUUGUGGAAAGUCAAGAAAAAGAGUUACAACAGACCAAAACAGACCUAGUAAAUGCUUUCUUAAAAACGAAAAGUCAGGUAGGACAUUAUGCUGCAGAUGGAACAUAUGUGCCAGCUGGUGGAACUUAUAUACCAGCUGGUGGAACUUAUAUACUAGCUAGUGGAACUUAUAUACCACCAAACCCUCCAAGAGAAGCACCUGCACC